CGUCCCUCUCUGCCCGCCCUCCUUCGCCUCGGGCGACGAGGGCAGCGGGAGGCGCGGUACCGCGCUCGCUCUUCUGCUCGGUGGGGGCGCAGCGGGCGGCACGGCGAGGUUUCCAUACUUGCUGUGGUUCUUCGGAUUUGUUUUUUUCUUGCAAUGGUAGGACUAGGAAACAGCUGUCGCGGGAUGAAGUCUCCACCACUCCUCAUGGCUGCACUUGUGGCGUGCAUAAUUGUUUUGGGUUUCAAUUACUGGAUUGCAAGUUCUCGCAGCAUGGAUCUGCAGGGUCGAGUCAUGGAUCUGGAAGGCAAAGUCCGCAGGGCAGCAGCGGAGAGGGGUGCUGUGGAGCAAAAAAAGAAUGAAUUCCAAGGAGAGCUAGAGAAGCAACGACAGCAGAUCGACAAAAUUCAGUCCUUGCACAGCUUUCAGAUGGAGAAUGCCAACAGAGUACAUCAGGAAGAGAAGGCAAUGCUGAUGAGUAACAUCACACUAAAUGAUCGAUUGAUUCAGAGUCUACGAGAACACUUGAAAGAGUUACAGACGGAAUAUGGAAAGCUACAGCUGGAUGUUUUCUGGUUUCAGAAGAACCAGACUAACCUUCAGAGGAAGUUCUCAUAUGACCUGUCACAGUGCAUCAACCAGAUGAAAGAAUUAGAAGAACAAUGUGAAGAAAGGAUGGAUGAGCUUACAAAAAAGAGUACUGAUGUACCACAAAUCAAAGAAAAAAAAGACUUCACAGAAGACAGCCAGGUUGAUACUCAACUGCCAGCCUUGAAGGAAACAGAGUUCAAGCAGGCUGACUUGGAACAGCAGAAAACCAGUGAGGAUGUUCCUAAAGCAGUACCUACAUUAAGAAAGACAGACCUGAUGCAGGCUAAAGAAAGAACAGACAGCCUAACUGACGUCAGAAAACAGGAGCCUAAGGCAGAAGAGGAGCAGCUUUCUAGUCAGUUGAAAAAACCACAAGAGUCACUCGAGGCUGCUGCAGGUCACAAGGAGAUGCUGCCUGAGUCAGAGAAGGAGCCAAAUCCACCUGAGGAUGAGAAACAUGUAGCUGGGCAAGAUACGUUACCGCUGGCAGCAGAGCAGGCUGCCAGUGAGGAAGUUGAGAGGGAACAGCUCCUAAAUUUUGAUGCUAAGCAGGAUGACUUGCCCCCUGGGAAGGCUGACAAACAGGAACAGGAAGCAGUGAACCACGACAAGGAUGCUGAUUACAAUUUAGAUGUGAAUGAAGCUGAAUCAGAAACAGACAAGCAAGCAGCACUUGCAGGGAUUGAAAAUGUUCAAAACCCUGAAGAUACGAAGAACCACUUACCUGACCAUGGUGAAGGACGACAGAAGUUGUGAACAAAGGAAGUUCAUGAUACAGCCUAGUUACCUCUUCAUCUAAAUGCAGCAAUGAUCUGAACAAAGUGAUCUUAGAAGGUUUUGAUUGUCUUCUAAAGGCUUGACUUAGGGCCCAAAUGAAGUAGUAUUUUCUUGUGAAGUUUCAGUACUGUUGCAGUGGGGAAAAAGGUAAAUCUCUGGAGGCUUGUUUCAAAGCAGUGUGACCUCUGCAAUGACUUUCUCCUUCCUAUCAAUUAUAAAAUUGAAAUCAGGCAGCAAUAAAGGUGGUAACUUUGAAGUUGCCUACCUUAGUCAUACUACAGCAUGUCAUACUACAGUAACGGUACAUGUGGAUUGGUGGUAAAUGAGGAGCAGUCCUCUGCCAAGGAUGGAUCUCUCCCCUGAGCAAUGCACAGUAGAGAAAUCCCCAGCUUAGUUUUAAGAACUUAAGAAGGAGCUAUGUUACUGUAACAAAACAUGGGAAGUAUGGAAACCAGUCCAUGCUGCAAUCUACCCUUGUGCCUGUUCUAGCACCUUUUUACUGCAACACAAACUGAGAAAGUGCAACUGUAGUCCUCAGAUACUGUGCAGAAUGAUGUAUUUACCUGGGCCUUCUAAAUUAAAUUCCUAGAUUACACUGUUAGGAUGUGUUCUUAGUUUCAAAGUUUAAAAAAAAAAAAAAACCCAAAUGGAUUCUGCCAAUAGGAGCUUCUUAUUAAGAGAUUAGCCAGGAAGAUUUUUCUGAAAGCGUUGUUGGACUCCACAAGGUCGGUACUACAGUUUGGUCCAGUUACCACUAACUUGCAGAAGUUUAGUGUAAAAAUUCAAACUCAUAAACUUUUCAUGACAGAAGCCCUCUGAAAUUGUGUGCUACAACUACCCCUUACCCCACCCAGCCACUAUCUUCUGUGAAAAGGAAAAAGGAAUGCAAAUGCUUGCCUUGUACAACAGCAGUCUCAGCUGUUCAACAUGACUAAUCUUCUCUGCUGGACUUCCGAAGGAGGUAACCAGACUAUGCAUUUAGAAGACAUGGCAGUGUCUCCCACAGAUGAAACUUUAGUUGUUGUAAAGUCCUAUGUUAAUCACAAUGUAUCAUCUUGUUAAUGUUCUGCAGUCUUUUUCUUUACUGCAAUUUGUUCAAUGUAAAUUAGAAACUAGUUUACUUGCAGUAAGAUAGAAACACCCUCUACUUAAAACUACGGCACCCUUAACUGCGGUCCAACCAGCAUGUGUAGCCAGCUGGUUUGAAGAAAUUUUUAUAUUUGCAUCUGCUCCCAAGACUGACACCUGUGUUCGGAGCAGUCUUUGUGAGUACGAACCAACCUUUGUCGAGACAGCGCAACAGCAGACAGCUGUGACUAACUUGCCAAUCAGCAUUCCAUUUAAGAAAAGACAGAUUUGUUUUUGCUUUCCCUUAAAGCAUUUCCCUUUUCAA